CAAAACUUGUUGCUGGAUCCUCUGGACGCGUUGAUCUCACACAGCGCCAAGUGGUAGAGCGGACAGCGAGUGUAUCUGUGAAUCGCUCCCAAGUGCACUCAGACCACACCAGACAAGACUCGGUAAACGGAGGGGACGCACGCAUCAGGAUCGAGACACACGGAAAGGACUUUGGGAUCGGCGCCUCGCUGCAAAGCGCAUGACCGGCAGUGGGUGAAGGAUGCUGUCAAGCCACUCCGUAGUUGUGGAGUGCGGGUAGCGCGCGCCGUGCUGCUCCUCCGGGUUUAGGUCGCAUAAACAGACGCCCCGGUUCACCCGCGGCUGGGCUGGAGAGUCGUGUUUGUGGACUUUCCAUCACACUGGACUUUUGGCUACAUGCCUGCUUGGCCGUUUUUGAUGUUUUGAAGGACGUCGGUGGGCAGUAUUUAUUUAAAGAAAGAUUUUCUUCACUCAAAGCCUGGACUUUUUUUCUCCCCCACCUUUAUUUCCAGCAUGGGACCUUAUUCAGAAAGUCAUUCUGGGACAUUUGACAUCAGAAUGGAAUAAUGAAUUAGCUGAAAGAAGCAGUUAUUGCCCGUUUGAUUGCUUCGAGUCCUCUGCGCUCACCCUUUAGUUUGUAAGCGAGCUGUAUUUGUGCCAUGUUCGCCCCGAAGAAAUGCGCGCAGAAAAACUUCGGAAUGCCAUAGGUCGCUCGUGUAGCAAGUUUACUAGACGGAUUUUCUAUUCGUUUGUUUAAUCAAAGAGAGAAGUAGUGUGCUGCAUUCACACGGGAACAGGGACACAGUUUACGUGCGUAUUUGGACACAGUCUGUCCCUUCUCUGCGUCCUUGGAGAAGUUGGAUAAAUAUUCACAGCAAUGAGAACCUAUUUGACGGAAAAAUAGACAGUGUGCCGAUGUCUGGCAAACUGGCCGUCAUGUGGGAUUGAUUGCAGGGGAGUAUGUUUGGGCUGGAGCAGUUUGGUUCUCAAAUUAAUAGCAGAAACCCUGGCCAGUCAGAGAGAAACAUAAACCAACAGAGACUGAACAUGGGCUCCCAUUAUAAAGGCCCCGGUUUUCAUGCUGGAGGCCCGCCGGGAGCCGUUGAACCCGGCAUGGGCCCUCUGAGCGAGCCGCAAAUGCUCGGGCUCAAUAUGAACAUGAAUGGUGAGCAGUACGGGAGCUUUCACCCGCGGGGACACUCAGACAUGCAUGCAGGCAGUGGACUUCAGCAGCAGCAGGGGCAAGGACCAAUGCAUGGAUUUUUUAACAACCAGCAACCUCAUCAAGGACAUCCUCACGGGCAUCAACCCCACCCCCACCAACAUCACCCCCAUUUCGGUGGGAAUUUUGGAGGCCCAGAGCCAGGGUCAUCAUGCCUGCAUGGCGGCAGGCUGAUGGGCUACAACAACAAUAACGGCAUGGGACCACAGCAGGGCUUUGGAGAAGGAUUUGAUCCUCUUGCUGAGGGACAGACGGGGGAUGGCUUUCCCCAGCAGCAGCAACAGCAACCACAGCAGCGGCCUGGUAACAUGCCUGACUUUCAACAUCAUGGCCCUCCAAGUGGGAACCACGCUGUCCCUGCUCCCUGUCUCCCCCUGGACCAGUCACCUAAUAGAGCAGCAUCCUUUCACGGUCUUCCUUCUUCCUCAUCCUCCUCAUCUGAGUCUCAUGGUUUGGAGCCUCGGCGGCUGCCAAACCAAGGAGCCGUAGAGGGAUUAGAAUAUAACUUUCCAAGUGAACCUCCAUCUGGACAUUUUGAUGUACCUGUAUUUUCUCCUUCAGAAUCAGAAUCUCAGUUACCACAUUUUGGGCCAGGAAGACCAGUUCCCGGUGGGAAUUUCCCAGGGAACGCUGGCAUGCCACGGACACCAGGUAUGCAGGGCAUCUCUAAGGGACACCCGCCACCACCCCAGCCCCAGCAGCCUCAGCACGGAGUGUUUUUUGAACGUUUUGGAAAUGGCCGGAAAGUGCCCGUGGGAAUGGAGCCUGGGGUCAAUCCAAGACAUCCUCUCAUGCAGCAACAACAACAGGCUGGCUUGAUAGCCAGACAGAACUCAUGCCCCCCUGGCCUCCCUCGACCCCCUCAGGCUGAGCCCGGCACUACUAACCCUAACAUUCUGGAUGGAGGGGUCAUGAUGCCUGGCCAACACAACCAGUUUGAAUAUCCCAUUCACAGACUGGAAAAUAGGGGCCUGCACCCCUACGGGGACCCCAUGUUUAAUAUGCAACAGCCAGCUCCUCCUCCCUCCCAACAGCCUGCAAAUCAGAGGCUCCAACACUUUGACUCUCCUUAUAUGAACAUGGCGAAAAGGCCUAGAUUUGACUUUCCUAAUGCACAUGGCGGCGAGGGCUGGUGUGGCAGUAUGGACAACCACCUCUCUCCAUCUGCCUACCCCGGCCUUCCUGGAGAGUUCACCCCACCCGUGAAUGAAGGUUUUGGACCAGGUCCGCUGCAGCAUCCAGGGCCCGAGCAGCAGUCUCUGCAGCAGCGCCAGAAUGCAGCUAUGAUGAUAAAGCAGAUGGCCUCUCGCAACCAGCAGCAAAGAAUGAGGCAGCCGAGUCUACAGCAGUUGGGUCACCAUGGCGAUGUACCUCCAGGCCCAAUGGUUCAUGGAGGCCCAGUCGGGAACAUGCCUCAUCCUGGCUUUGACAGGGAGAAUGGUGGCAGGAUGCCCAACAUUGAUGGGCAAAAUCCUCAUGUAACUCAGGAGAACUCCUGGUUUCAGGGGUCCCACCCACCAGGAGAAAUGAUGUCACGGCGUAUGGGUGGAGCGGGUAAUGAGUCAGGGCCUCAUGACAUGGGGCUGCAGCAGAACGGCGCUGGGAUAAUGUUUAGGCCGGGGAUCGGCAUGCAGGAGCCCAUGAGAAUACCAGGAGAUGGACAUGUGCAGAACCUUCAUUCCCCAGGCAUGCACUCACAGUUCAGUGGCAACAUGGGUAACCUCACACAAAUGCAGUCUCCGGGAGCAGGAGCAGGACAUCCAAAUGCACCAGCAGAGAGACGGCCAGCUGACUUCCCCGCACCUUCAAUGGGAGCACAGCCAGCUUUUCCCUAUGGGGGGGCUAACCGUCAGGGGCCGGCUCACAGUGCUCCCCAGGGGGUGAGCACCUCACCUGGCAACUACCCUCCUCAGUCUGAGUUCCCCCCAGGCCAGCGGUCGUCUGUUAGUAAGCUUGGAAAUCUGUCCCUUGGGAACUUCAGCAAAACCAGCUCUAAAGACAGUGUUUUCGGCCAGAGCUGCCUAGCGGCCCUUUCUACAGCCUGCCAGAACAUGAUCGCUAGCCUAGGGGCCCCCAAUCUUAACGUAACAUUCAACAAGAAGAACCAAAAUGAGGGCAAGCGAAAACUGAGUCAGACUGAGCAGGACAUUAAUAGCAGCACAUCUAAUGGGACUGGCAGUGCUGGUCCUGAAUAUUUUCAGAGCAGCACUUCCCAGAACAGCCAGAUGCCUGGCACUGGGAAUAGCAACUCUAAGCCUGCAAGUCAAAGCCAGACGGUGCAGGGGGAAGCCAGUGCCCUCUCCCCAAAUUACAACAUGGACGCUACCCCGUGCAGUGAGGGGAAGGCAACAACAGGGAGUGGGAGAGGGAGAGGGAGGAGAAAAAGAGACAGUGGACAUGUGAGCCCUGGAAUUUUUUUUUCCUCUGAUAAUAGUAACCCUGUUGUAAGUCCAGGCCAGCAGACCCCCUCGGCUGGCGUUGGGGAGAGGGGUGGGGGCACGCCCCAUGAGAAACAACUCCAAUCGCCCUCUUGGGGGAAAGGAGGUGACCUAAUGUUGGGGGACCAGGCUGACCUUAUGUCUUCUUUAGACAGUGGCAUUCAAAGUGUUGCCAAGUCUGACAGCAGCUCACCAAGAGUGGACUUUUCUGAAGAUGUCAGCACCCACUAUGGCAAUGAGGAUGAGGUGUCCUCCAGCUCAGACACAGGAGGGGCCUCAGCCAGCAAACCUAAUCGCAGCCCUAUAAUCACCGGCUCACCCAAAAUGCAGAGGAGUGACCACGGGUUGAUAAAUGGACAAAAGCCCCUUGGCAUGGGCAUUAACAAUCAUACUACCUCGACGCCAGACACCUAUGGACUGAAUGCUGGUGUGGGCACAGGGGCCAGUGGGGUCAGCCACCCGGGCACUCCUGGGGUGGAACAGGUACGCACACCAUCCAGCACCUCUGGCCAGGAAGAAAUCCAUCCUCUGGAGAUUCUGCAGGCCCAAAUCCAGCUACAGCGGCAGCAGUUCAGUAUCUCUGAAGACCAGCCCCUGGCCAUGAAGACAGGCAAAAAGAAUGGCGACUGUCCCUCACAGAACGGAGACAAUGAGCUGGCGAGCUGCAGCCCGGAUGCUGGGAAGGGCUCAAUGGGCACUAUUGACCUUGACACCCUCAUGGCAGAGCAGCACGCCACCUGGUACGUGCCCAGUGACAAGGUUAUGAUGGACGGGUCAGAGGAUGACAAGGCCACGGGACCCUGGGAAAAAAAUAAGAGCCAGAACAGCAGUAAAGAAGAAUCUGAGCUCACCCAGAGUAAGGCUGGAGCCGGAGCCCCGGGGGCUGUAGGAGGUGGGAGCAGUGGAGGAAACCACCUGCAGUGCCUGUCUGUCCACUGCACAGACGAGCUCGGGGACAGUAAAGGCCGAGGGGGGCCCGUCUCGUCGUGGCGCUCUCUCCACUCUGAUAUCUCAAACCGAUUUGGGACGUUUGUGGCGGCACUAACUUGAGGGGGGAAAAGAAGAGAAGAAGACGACGACCCAGCAGGACGAAUUAAAGAAGAUCAGAAAAUAUCAAGAAAGAGAGAUUCAGAGACAUUUAACCACGAUAAGGAUGCGACUAUGUUAAUUUGUGGAUGGAACGACUGUGUGCCGCUCUUGCCUGUUCAGGGAGAGAAAGACAUUUACACUCACAAAUGCAACACAAAUACAGCUACACACACUCACACGUGCACGCACAUACACACACACACACACAUGCUCACAGACACUCGAACACCAUGUUUUGUUUUCUGAUACAUGCAGUCACACUUAAGAAAACUCUCACCAACUGCUGGACAAUAACAGCACGGGGCUCUACUCGACGACGCCCACAUCUGGAAAACCUCAAAUCAUUUAUUUUUCUUUUCUUUUCUUGGUUGAAGAAAAAUAAGAAAUGUUAAAGGAGUUAAAGGAGGAGAACGCAAAAACGAGAAGCAUAACAAGAGAGGUGAAGUUGUCAUUGGCUUUGAUUGUAUACCAGUGUUUAGUCUUAUGACUUAUAUUACUGUCUGUUCUUAAACUUAGCUACGAUUGCCUUUGUAAUGUGUAUGGCAACUUCGGCAUAUGUCAGUCAAAACUCUGCCCCCCCCAAAAUAAAAAAAAAAUUUAAAAAAAAUCAAAUCCUGGCCUUUGACUCCUGCAUUACAAUUAAAUAUGGCCCACUGGUUCAGAAACGCCCCAAAUACUAAAAAGGAGAACGAGAGGAAGGCAGGAUGAGGAGGGAUUACGCUUGAAUGUAACUCAGCAAUUUUCCUUGUGAACACAAAGUUGUUCCUCUUUGUCAACGCGAAAUUUAACCUUUAUCGUUUGCUGCUCUAAAUCAUAAGAUUUGUUGUAGCUCUCUAUUAUUUGUGUUUCUGAGAAUGUCUUUCCCUCAUUCUAUUCUAUUCUAUACUUUUUUUUCUGCUUUUCUCUUCUGUAGAUCUUGUGAGCUCAACCACUUGUAUACAACUCAGCCAAUGGAAACUAAAAAGAGAAAAAAAUGGAGGUCAAGGGACUGAUAAAUAAGGGAAUUGAAAAAAAGAUUAUUGGUAUUGCACAUGUAUAAUAAGAGAAAAUUUGCUGUGUGUUAGGCAAUCUUGUAAUCUUUAAAUAAAGCUUCUGUUGAAUUUGAAUUUCUCAAACAAUAGAUGGAGGACUGUGACGGCAAUUUAAAAACUGAUUUUUUUUUGUUUUCUUUUUUUAAUAAUAUGUAAAGUGCAGUCGUCUGUUUUCCUGCAUAUUGUAUAUAUCUGUAUAUGUUUUAUUGAGUAACUGAAUAACAAUAAAUAUGACGUUAAAGGUG